UAAGCUUUGCUUUUGCUUCGUGUCUUUGCUUUGCCAGUGAGCUUAGUUAUUAUUCCCGCAAAACAGAGGAGGGGAGAGAGAGAGAGAGAGAGAGAGCGCUUCUUUGCUUUCGUUCUUAACAAUAAUCUCAUGGAUUAAACGACGAAUUGAACAGGAAAUCAUCAUUCAAAUGAUUUCUUUCUCUCUCUUCCUGAUUUUCGAUCGGAUCUGAAAGGGACAUAAAAGUUCCAUCACUUUCUAAGGCGUCCUUUUGAGUGUUCUUUCUUGCUGGCCGAAGAUGGAAGACUGCUUCGUCAUCUGCAUUCCGUAAUAAUCAGGGGUGAUUAUGUUGAAUUAGAUUGUUGACGCUAAAGCGCCAUUGCCAAGUACUUUGAUGGAGCCACUUGUUGAUGGAAUUGGUUCUCUCUGUGGCGUAGGCUACAACUCUACUUCUCCCGCUCUCAAACCAUCCAGAUGUGAAGGGGCUUCUUCUGGAUCCUGUUCUAUGGAUCAUGGGACAAAGGCAACCUACUUCUCGGUGAAGUCUGUAGUUCAUGAUUCAGAGCUUUCCGACAAAAUGAACCACGGUCACAUGCAAAAAGAGCUAUCUGAUUCAUCAUCCAAACACAAUCAUCAAACGAAGAAGGAGAAAUUGGGAUUCAUGGGAUUGAAUGAUGUGCUAGAUCGGAAACAGGUUUCAACAUCAGAAACCAUAUUGUCCACGAUCAGUUCUGUUGAUAAGUCUGAGAUUGAUAAUUUGAGCUCUCUGUCAGAAUCAGUGAGCUUUGUCCGGAAUCAAGGAAAAGGGGGUUUGGAUCGACUGCCUUCCAGCCAAGUAAUGCCUCAACUGGGAAUUGGCUUCUGUCCAAGCCCACAAUAUAGUUUGUAUUCUGGUACGCAGUUCACAGAAGCCAAACAAAGUUUCAGCAACACGGAAUUAAGUGAAUGCGGAAGCAUUGUUGAGAAGUCUGGUGAAAUCGAUGAAGUAACAAACUCUGGAGAUUUUGUUGAGAGCAGGAAGACGAGCAUCAAAAGAGGCAGCACCAGCAGCGACGUCAGUGAUGAGAGCAGCUCCAGCAAUUUUAGCAAUACCAUGUCCAAACCUCACAAGGGAAAUGACAUAAGAUGGGAAGCAAUUAAAGCCAUCAGAUCUCGUGAUGGGGAGUUGGAACUAAAGCACUUCAGGAAGUUGGGACGUCUGGGUUCUGGAGAUAUAGGCAGUGUUUGUCUGGUUGAGUUGAUAGGCACGGGAAGUUACUUUGCCAUGAAGGCCAUGAAUAAAGCAACCCUAGAAAGUCGGAAGAAGCUUUUGAGGGCUCAAACAGAGAGAGAAAUAUUGCAGUCUCUGGAUCAUCCAUUUCUGCCCACUUUGUAUACACACUUUGAGACGGAGAAACUCUCUUGCUUGGUGAUGGAGUUCUGUCCUGGGGGAGAUUUGCACGCACUCCGGCAAAGACAACCUGGGAAGUGCUUCUCAGAGCCAGCUGCCAGGUUUUAUGUAGCAGAAGUUCUCAUGGCUUUGGAGUAUCUGCACAUGCUCGGAAUCAUUUACAGGGACCUUAAACCGGAGAAUGUCUUGGUGAGAGAAGACGGUCACAUAAUGCUCUCAGAUUUUGACCUCUCCCUCAGAUGUGCUGUCAGCCCGACCCUCAUCAAAUCCUCAAACUCCAGCUUGGAAUCCAAGAACUCGGCCUACUGCAUCGAGCCAUCUUGUGUAAUCGAGCCAUCCUGCAUCCAACCUGCAUGCUUCACGCCUCGUUUCCUUAACAAGGCGAAGAGAGAAAAGAAGACCAAACAGAAAGCUGAAAUCUAUCAUCCGGCAAGCCCUCUCCCCGAGCUCAUUGCUGAACCCACAAACGCUCGGUCAAUGUCGUUCGUUGGCACGCACGAGUACUUGGCUCCUGAAAUCAUCAAAGGCGAAGGCCAUGGAAGCGCGGUGGAUUGGUGGACCUUCGGGAUCUUUCUCUACGAACUCUUGUUCGGCAGAACGCCAUUCAGGGGAGCAGGAAACCGUGCUACAUUGUUCAACGUGGUCGGACAGCCAUUAAGGUUUCCAGAAUCUCCUGCCGUGAGCUUCCCUGCCAGGGACUUGAUCAGAGGAUUACUCGUCAAAGAGCCACAGCACCGCCUUGCAUAUAGGCGCGGGGCCACUGAAAUUAAGCAGCAUCCAUUCUUCCAGAGCGUGAACUGGGCGCUGAUUCGUUGCGCCAAUCCACCGGACGUCCCGAAGCCAUUCCUGCCGGAUUAUUCCUCCGGCAACAUGAUGCAGAAGGCCGCCGUGACGGAGAAGGCGCCGAGCGUUGAUGUGAAGCCUUCAGGUAAUUAUUUAGAGAUUGAUUUCUUCUGAGUGUCGCGAUGUUCCUUUCCUUCUCCGAUUGCCUGUAGACAACGCCGAUGAAAUGCAAAUGCACAGAAAGACUUACUUUCGCCAUUGUAGAGUGAUCGUUUCUCUGCUUUCGAUUGGAAAACUCGAUCUGCAAAACAAACCUUUUCUCGCUUUCAGUUCCUUCUGAUUUCGAUCCAUUUUCGUAAUGGAUGCUUGUAAAUUUGUAAUUAAUAAAAAAAAAAAAAGGUUUGAAAAGGUUGAAUCAGCCUAUUCGAUCCAGCGAAACUCCUCUUCUACUUCUGAUCCGGAAUCUGAAUCGUCGUCGGAGCAAACACCAAGCGGAUUGGUGGACGCGUGCGUCAAAGGCCUUCCUCGUCGUAAGAGCGUGCGUCAGGAGUUGUCGGACCCGCAGCCACGUGUCUGCGUCUCUACGGUGGUGAUGUAAUCAGU